CGUACUGUCCGUGCAGGUGCGAGAUUCAAUCAACAACAACGAACGGUCACACCCAGAUACACAUUCAUGAAAAAUACAUCGCAGUUGUUACGUGAAAGUUUUCAAACGCUAAUUUUUAUUGUUUCUAAGUGCUUUUAACGAGGAUUUACUUCACAAAAGUGUCUUAAAGUGAUUGUACAAAUGUAUUAGCACAAAAAGCGAAAACGCCAACAACUGCGAACUUCAUCAAACCAAAUAUCUUGACCAGAACCUGGAUCAAGGAGGUAACCCAUACUGGGUGGAUAUACUGAUAGUGAAAUGGAGCAACUAUUUCAGAGCUAUCGUGAUGAUGAGCGCCGAAUCGGCGAGGAGUAUCUAUCCAGCCUGCAGGACCUCAACUGCAACAGCAAGCCCCUCAUCAAUAUGCUCACAAUGCUCGCCGAUGAGAACAUCAACUAUGCCCAUGUCAUAGUGAGAGUGGUGGAAUAUUAUAUCAGCCAGGUGGCGCCCGAAUUUAAAUUGCCCAUACUAUAUUUAAUUGAUUCGAUAGUAAAGAAUGUGAAAAGCAGCUACGUCCAAUUAUUUGGGCAAUGCAUAGUCAAAAUAUUCCUGCACGCCUUCGAGUCGGUGCAACACUCUCAGUCCCAAGUACUCGAGAAGGUACGCGAAAGAAUGUAUGCUCUGCGCCAGACCUGGAACGAGGUCUUUCCCCCAUCUAAAAUGUAUGCCCUGGACGUUCAGGUGAAGCGUCUGGAUAAUAAUUGGCCCAUUACCGCCAAACAGCCAACCACCAGCAAGAUUCACGUCAAUCCGGCGAUUCACGUAAAUCCCGACUUUCUUAAAACUGGAAUGGUUCCUGUAAUGCCCGUCAACUCCUCCACACUGCCCAGCGACAUGGAGGAAAUUCUCCAGGCCAAAACCCGGGAGCUACUUGAGCUCAAGAAGCGUAAACUUGAGCUCGAGUUGGAGCAAACAAAGAAACAUUUGGAGGAGCAGGAGCGACAGCUCAACCAGGCCACGGACGCUAUGGUGGGAGCGCCUAUGGCGAUGCCAGCUCCAAAUUCUACAGCUGCCGUUCGUCCAACCAUUAUGGACCCAUCCCUGAUGGGAGCCAUUCGCCAUCCACGACCCCCGGCACCAGUGGGCAAUGCAGGGCCCAUGAUUGCAAACUUGCCAGUUGGCCAGCAGCAGUUUGCAAACAAGCCGAAGGUUAAUCCCGUCAAUCCGGCUCUACUGAACUCUGUGCGGCAGCGAGAUCCUCGUCUUGCCCGGCAGAUGCAAUCGCAGGCACUGCCGCCGACUUCAACUCGAAGUGAUCCACGCCUCGAAAGCAAGUCGGCCAGCUCGCAAAAAUCUAGUCGUUCGCGCAGCAAAUCACCUGUGCGCAAUAGUGGCAGCAGCAGCAGCCGCUCAGGCAAGAGUAGCAGCUCGCAUCACAGCAGUUCCUCGAGCCGCAAGCGCAGCGAGUCGAAGAGCUCCACAGCCUCCUCGUCAUCGUCGGGAUCUGAAGUACGGCACAAGGGCGGCAGUGGUAGCAGCAGCAGCUCCCAGUCACCGGUUAAACGGUCUAGCAAGCAGUCGUCCAAGGACCACGGGGAUCGUUACGCUCGCAACGGUUCACCAUCGGGAUCAUCGAAGCGAAAGAGUUCCUCACCAAGCAGCUCGCCAUCCAAGCCCAAACGCAGUUCAUCUAGCAAAUCGUCCUCUUCAUCCAGAGGAAAGUCAUCGUCCGUUCGAUCACGGAGUCGUUCACCGGUAUUCAUGGAGAUGGAUUUGCACAGCAAGUCGCCGGAGAGAAAGGCAGCAGCACCCACAUCUAUCCCCCAAACGGUCAGCUCAUCAUCAUCAUCGUCAGCGACAGCUGCUGCUAAAGCACCAAAUGAUUUAGAGAAACGCCCUCCUCCAGCUCCUUCAUGUCCGCCAAUUAUAGAUGUAUCGAGUAAGGACAUUGACCUGAGGCAGAGGCGUCCACAGACGCCGCCUCCCCCGACAUUCGACUCCUCACCGGAAACGCUCCUCACCGACCACCAGAUGCCAUGUAGCAGCAACAGCGGCACAACAAUACUUGCUAGCGGCGUCCCCAACGCCUCCUUUUCAUCGUCCGACGCAUCCACUUCUAAAUUACCCGCAAAAGUGUCGUUCAAAAUACAAAAACAGUUUAAUAAAUUAGAAAAAUCUACAGCGAAUCUAUCAACAGCAUCACUGCUAAAUGUCGCCACAUCUACAACAGCCACAGCUGCCACCACCACCUCAAGUCUAGUCAGACCAUCAUCGCCCAGUCUAUCGGCGUCGUCAGUUUCCUCGCAGGGUAAUGUAUCCGAUGCUCUGCAGCAGUCCAUCUCCAAGCUAAUGAAGGUACAGGGCGUAACUGGUGUCGGCGAGAAGCGACCGGCCGAUCCCAUGCAUCCGGAAGUCGAUCUUGAGGAGAAGCCACCGCAACAGAAACGCAGCAAGUCAGCCAAACUGGACGCAUUAUUUGGAAGCGAGGAUGUGGAUUUGCGUCGCGAGAUUCUUGUUGGAAAGCCAAGUCCCUCAGGAGUUAUUGUGGUGGAAGACGACUCCAUGGAUAACUGCGAUCCAUUAACCAAAGCAAGCCUGCCUUCAAAGCAGCCAACACUGCAGGAAAUUCGCGCCAAGUUGGCCAAAUCAGCUCGUCUGGAGAACAAGGCAAGCAAGUCUGACAAGAGUAAGGAUCAGGCAGGUAUACCGCGCCACAAGCAGCUGGCCGAGCUAAGGACCAAUGAAGACUCCCAGGAGGCACAUGUCGAGAAGGUGCGCACAAUUCUCAGUCAAGCGCACGAGAUGCUCGAAAACCACAGCAUGAACCAGGAGCAGUACAAGGAUCUUGUGCAGAAGGUGGUGGCCAUCAAUGAGAACAGCAAGGUGAAAGACUCCCGCCGGCGUGACGAUGAUCCAGAUCUGGAGCGAAAUGCGGCCAGGGAUGCCGUGCUUCGUAAACGUAUUCCCAAACUGAAGGGCAACGAAAACCAUUCCUCAGGAUCUCCCCGAAGCGAUGGCUCGCCCAGAUACGAUGAUCCGUCAGCCACCACUGCUGAGAAAUCUGUGAAUAAGCGGGACAAGUCCAAGAGGGAGAACAAGCGUCGAAAGCCCAGCAAAUGGGGCGAGCAGGUGGAUCCAGCGGCGGCCCAACGAGCUGCCUGGCAGUUGGCCAAUGCCAACAACAAUAACAACAACAACAACAAUAAUAAUAACAAACGCCCCGGCUUCCGAGGCAUGCCAUGGCAACAACCUCCGGCAAUCGUGAUGCCACAGACGGCAGUGCCACCACCUCCACAGCCGCCUUCGAUGAUGGGUCUGCCGCCCGUGCCUCCAGUUACCAUGGCGAAGGCCAUUAACUCACUGGACAAUCCAAUGGCUGAUGUGGUUCGCAGCAUUACCAUUGACGGCGGUUCCAAGGAGAUUCGAUUCUACAACCAAGUGGCCAUCAUCUUCAUGGACGGCGACGAGCCGCAUGAAAUUGGCUUCCAGCAUGGCCAGCGAGUCAUCCUCAUCGACAACAAUGAACCACUGCCUCUUUGUUUUAACGAUGACUAUAAGCCGUUCCAGCUUGACGGGCAGUUGCAUCGCAUCCGCUUUGGUUUUCCCUCACGCGAACUGUACAUCGACGAUCAUUGGUAUGAGAUCUACUUUGGUGGACCGCCAGUCUCGGUGCCUAUUGGGAAUAAGAUUCAUGUACUGAAGGCGGAGGGUCCUCCACCAAAUGUGGACAUUGGUCGGGCACGGCGAGAUCUGGUCGUUGGCAAGAUCAACAUGAUUGUGGAUGCACAUACCAUUGUGCCUCUCUUCUUGGACGCCAGGCAACAAACGUUCCAACUGGGAGCCGAACAGCAUUCGCUUCAGUUUGUGGACGCCUUCCAGUACGCUCUUUUGGAUGGUCAGCUGCAGAAAAUCGAGUACGGUGGCCUUCCAAAGGGAAUGAAGCUGAACGGUGGCCGCAGUUGCUUCAUAAGAUUCGGCACUUUGCCCAAAGGUGUUGUUGGUGGCAAGACGCACGUGGCGGAUAUGGUUUACAUUAAGACAGAGGCUCCUGCCGAGCCACCGCAACCUCCGCCGGUGAUUGUUAAGCAACCUCCGGUAGUGGAGCAGCCGGCAGUGGUGCCUGCUGUAGCACCGAAUGUAUCUCUGCCAGCUGCAGCAGCAGCCUUGGGCAGUCUCAAUAUCAAUGAGCUGUUCCAAAAGCUAGUUUCCUCGGGAAUAAUUGGUGGAGCUGCACCUGUUGCUGGCGGAACAGCCACCCCGCCUACAUCAGCCCCAAAGGAAGCCAAUGUUCCUCCACCAGUGUCUUCAGAAGCUCCAGCUCCGGCUGCUACGCCUCUUCCCACGCCAUCUGCUCCGCCCACAGAACCCAUUAAACGGAUUAACCUCCACAAGCCGGAGACUAUUAAGACUCGUCAGUCGGCGGUGAUAGCUACUCUCUAUCUCGGCAUGCAAUGCAGUAGCUGCGGAGUGCGGUUUCCGCCUGAACAGACGAUUAAAUACAGCCAGCAUCUGGAUUGGCACUUCCGGCAGAACCGCAGGGAACGCGACUCUACCCGAAAGGCCACAUCGAGGAAAUGGUACUAUGAUCUCAACGAUUGGAGGCAGUAUGAGGAAAUUGAGGAUGUUGAGGAGCGUGAGAAGAACUUCCUGGAGGCGCAAGGUCAACCCGGGGGACCGGAUGCAAUCGAUGAACUCUCCCAGCAGCGAUCCCUGGACUCACCGAUGCCAACGUGUGCAGCCGGAUCGGAUGAUGUGGAUCGCAGUUGCGACAUGUGUCACGAGAAGUUCGAGCAGUUCUACAACGAAGAGCUGGAGGAGUGGCAUCUCCGUAGCGCCAUCCGGGUGGAGGAUAAGAUCUAUCACCCAUUGUGCUAUGAAGAUUAUAAAGCCUCCUUGAAUCCUCCGGCUGAGGAAAAGAUAAAUGGGGAUGUGAACAUGAACAACACUGACGACAAUGCCAUGGAUACGCUUAUCAAGGUGGAGGAAAUCGAUGACGACGAUGAUGAACCCACCAAGCCAUCCCAAUCCAUGUUGGAUGAUGAUGAUGAUGACGUCAUUGUUUUACCAAACGAAGAGCCCAGCGUCACAGAAAUCGUCGACGACGAUGAUGAUGACGAGUACGUCCCUGGCAAUGUGACAAGAGCGGAAAUGGGAAAUGAGUCCCAGGACAAGACAGAGUCCAAUUCCGCGGAUAAGGAAUCGGAGAAGCAGGCAGAAGACUCCGAAAAGCAAUCACAAUGCGAGUCUGAUGUAGCCAACGAAUCAGAUGUAGAGAUCCAGGAGCCCAACAUUCCCUUCACCGAUUUGGACACGUAUGUGGAGAAGGAGAUCGACGAAGCCACCAGGGCAGCGAUGCUCAACGUAAAGAUUAAGGAGGAGCCCAAGGACGAUUACGAGGAUGACGAGGACGACGGCUUUGAGGAUGUUGGCACGGUGGUUCCACUUUUGCCUCUUCCCGACGAUGAGAUCUCCAUACACAGCAGCGAAACACAAACGCAGACCAUCGCCUCGUCGGCCUCGCCGACCACAAUCGAGAGACCGGCAUCAGUGCUAUCCCUGUCAUUACCCGCCAACGAGGCGGACGACCUGGAGCCGGCAGAGACGACAGGUGCCUCGGUCGCCGAGACAGAACUGAACGGAGAGCAGGCGCAGGAGUCCACACACAACCUGAGCGCAGCGGGUCCGGCGUUACCUUUGGCUAGCAUAGUUAAUAAAAUAAAGAUAAAUAUCACUAAGAAUACAAGUAGUAAUAGUCAUAAUAGUGCCUCCAACGCCACCGCCAUGCCAUCUUCAUCGUCGGCGACGACGGACUCGCAAGUAUCAGCAAUCAGCGUCAUCGGGGGAGCUGGAGCUGGAGCUGCAACAGGUGUAUCCGGAUCCGGAGAUGCCUCGCAGCAGGUUAACGCCAUUCAAACUAUUUCAACCAUUCCAGUCCUUUGCGGCGGAAACACGUUCGUGCCGAAGAUUGCUACCAGCACUCCGGCCAACGUCAUCAGCUCGAUUUCUGUGAUUGGCAGUAGUUACGGCAGUGGCAGCAACACCAGCAACAACGGAAGCAACAGUCGGACUAACAGUUCCGUGACUUCAACGGUUGCUGGCACAAUUCCUGCAGAAGCGGAGAAGUCAGCGCCCACACCACCACCGGCUUCUGUGGAGCCAGAUCCUGAGCCGGUGGUGGAACUGAAACCGGCGCUUCGAAAUGUGACGCUCAAGCGGACGAAAAAGGUUCAGAACGGCAUUGAGACGUCCGGCCUGUGUUCGAUUAUGUAAAUGAAUCGAUCGGCGCACUGAUAUUCCUAUUUUAUUAUUAAUUCGAUUAUUUUUACACGUUACUUAGUUUUAGAUAGCCGGCGCGAUUAUCUCGUGCUUUGUAGGUACCCAAAGUAGCUCCCGCAAUUUAGGGGAGCUUCGUGCAAAUACGCCUCAACAUAACUUAUUAUCGAAAAAAAAACUCGCAAAAUUUAAUAAAAAAGCCACUUACAAAAUAAAAACAGAGUAUACAUAAUUUGUGAUAAUUUUAUAACACUAUAAAACGAAUCAGAAUUCCCUUGUGUAAUUAUGUUUAUUUUUUUAUGCUGAUUUGAAAUAAAGCCAAAAUGAAUAUCACAA